AUGGCCCAGGCCGUGGGGCCAGGUCCGCUUGUGGACGACAGUGAGGAUGAGAGGCCCAAGUGGAACAACAAGUUUCAGUACCUCCUCAGCUGCAUUGGGUUUGCCGUGGGGCUGGGGAACAUAUGGAGAUUUCCAUACCUGUGCCAGACCUACGGAGGAGGGGCCUUCCUCAUCCCCUACCUCAUUGCCCUGGUCUUCGAGGGGAUUCCACUAUUCCACCUGGAGCUCGCCGUCGGCCAGCGCCUGCGGAGGGGCAGCAUUGGGGUGUGGAAGACCAUCUCCCCUUACCUCGGUGGAGUAGGCCUAGGCUGCUUCACAAUAUCCUUCCUGGUCAGCCUGUACUACAACACCGUCCUCACGUGGGUUCUGUGGUUCUUCCUCAACUCCUUCCAGCAUCCACUGCCCUGGAGCACCUGCCCGAUGAACCUCAACAGGACAGGGUUCGUGCAAGAGUGCCAGGGCAGCAGCACCGUGAACUACUUCUGGUACCGGAAGACGCUAAACAUCACGGCUGACAUCAGUGACAGUGGUAAUAUCCAGUGGUGGCUGCUCCUCUGCCUGGCCACCUGUUGGGCGGUUGUGUACCUGUGCGUCAUCAGAGGCAUUGAGAGCACAGGCAAGGUGAUCUACUUCACAGCUUUGUUCCCUUACCUGGUCCUGACCAUCUUCCUCAUCCGAGGCCUGACCUUGCCAGGGGCAGCAGAUGGCUUGGUCUACCUGUUCACUCCCAAUAUGCACAUUCUUCAAGAUCCCCGGGUGUGGCUGGAUGCAGCCACCCAGAUUUUCUUCUCUCUGUCCCUGGCCUUUGGCGGACACAUUGCUUUUGCAAGUUACAACCCGCCCAGAAACAACUGUGAGAAGGACGCUGUGAUCAUCAGCCUGGUCAACAGCAUGACCUCCCUAUAUGCGUCCAUCACCAUCUUCUCCAUCAUGGGGUUCAAGGCAAACAAUGACUAUGGGCAGUGCCUGGACAGCAACAUCCUCAGCCUCAUCAAUGGGUUCGACCUCCCCGAGGAGAGCAUCCCCAGGGACAACUACUCAGCUGUCCUCAUGCUCCUGAAUGUCACCCAGCCGGAAAGGGUGGCCCAGCUGUCUCUGAAGGCUUGCCAGCUGCAAGACUUUCUGGAUAAGAGUGCCUCAGGCCCAGGCCUGGCCUUCAUCGUCUUCACAGAAGCCGUCCUGCACAUGCCCGGGGCUCCGGGGUGGGCUGUGCUCUUCUUUGGGAUGCUGUUCACCUUGGGCCUGUCCUCCAUGUUUGGGAACAUGGGCAUCAUCACACCACUCCUGGACAUGAAGCUCUUGCCCAGAGGCACACCGAAGGAGGCCCUGACUGGGAUGGCCUGCCUAGUCUGCUUCCUCUCGUCCACCUACUUCACACUGCAGUCUGGAAGCUACUGGCUGGAGAUCUUUGACAAUUUUGCAGCUUCUCUGAACCUGCUGAUCUUUGCCUUCUUUGAGGUGGUUGGGGUCAUCUACGUCUACGGAAUAAAAAGGUUCUGUGACGACAUUGAGUGGAUGACAGGGCGACGGCCCAACCUCUACUGGCGGCUGACAUGGCGGGUAGUGAGUCCCCUGCUGCUCCUCAGCAUCUUCCUGUCCUACAUCGCCCUCCUGGCCCAGAGGCCGCCCAGCUACAAGGCCUGGAAUCCCCAAUAUGAGCAGUUCCCCUUGCGGGAAGAGAAGUUCUACCCGGCCUGGGUGCAGGUUGUCUGCAUUCUUCUGUCCUUUCUGCCCAUGCUGUGGAUCCCAAUGACUGCACUGACUCGGCUGCUGGCCCGGCACAGACAGGGGCAGAGGGAUGCACAACCAGAUGCUGGUCCAAAGCUGCAGGACCACAGAGGCUGCUGA